AUGCCCCCCGCUCCCUCCACGCCCCCGGCUCCCUCCACGCCCCCGGCUCCUCCAUCCGGCUCCCUCCACGCCCCCCCCCACGGCUCCCCCCGGCUCCAUCCCCCCCCGGCUCCCUCCACGCCCCCCCCGGCUCCCUCCACGCCCCCGGCUCCCUCCACGCCCCCCCACGGCUCCCUCCACGCCCCGGCCCCGGCUCCCUCCACGCCCCCCCCGGCUCCCUCCACGCCCCCCCGGCUCCCCUCCACGCCCCCCACGGCUCCUCCACGCCCCCGGCUCCCUCCACGCUCCCCCGGCUCCCUCCACGCCCCCGGCUCCCUCCACGCCCCCGGCUCCCUCCACGCCCCCCCCGGCUCCCUCCACGCCCCCGGCUCCCUCCACGCCCCCGGCUCCUCCACGCCCCCGGCCCGGCUCCCUCCACGCCCCCUGGCUCCCUCCACGCCCCCCGGCUCCCUCCACGCCCCCCCGGGCUCCCUCCGCCGACCCCCGGCUCUCUCCACGCCCCUGGCUCCCUCCACGCCCCUGGCUCCCUCCACGCCCCCGGCUCCGUCCACGCCCCCCCGGCUCCCUCCACGCCCCCCGGCUCCCUCCACGCCCCCGGCUCCCUCCACGCCCCCCCCGGCUCCCUCCACGCCCCCGGCUCCCUCCACGCCCCCCGGCUCCCUCCACGCCCCCGGCUCCCUCCACGCCCCCCCGGCUCCCUCCACGCCCCCCGGCUCCCUCCACGCCCCCGGCUCCCUCCACGCCCCCCCGGCUCCCUCCACGCCUCCGGCUCCCUCACGCCCCCGGCUCCCUCCACGCCCCCCCCGGCUCCCUCCACGCCCCCGGCUCCCUCCACGCCCCGGCUCUCUCCACGCCCCCGGCUCCCUCCACGCCCCCGGCUCCCUCCACGCCCCUGGCUCCCUCCACGCCCCCGGCUCCCUCCACGCCCCCCCGGCUCCCUCCACGCCCCGGCUCCCUCCACGCCCCCUGGCUCCCUCCACGCUCCCCCCCGGCUCCCCCCCCCCCCCCCCCUACGAUCAGUUGCGGAUCAGAUUUAAGGGAUCCUUUUCCUCUCUUUUUGGAGAUUCUGAAGAAGAUUCGAAAUUGAAGUUUGAUGCUUGUUCGCGAUCACUGGAGGACGGGCUCGCCUUUUAUUGUAUUUUCUUGUAUGGAGGCUUGAGGGUAGACCUGGUGUGA